CUCAUUGUUCUCCAUCUUGCAAUCUUGCUACCAUCUUUUGUCUCCUAUCCACCCAUUUCUACUCUUCGUUUUUUUUUUUUUUUCUCGUUUCCAUCCAUCCCAUCCAUCCAUCAGCUUCCACAGGCAAUCCCCACCAUCCAAAAGGAUUUAAAAGAGUCCCACAAAUGGAUAGGCUGAACUCAGAGCUGUACUUGCAGAAUUGCUACAUAAUCCAAGAGAAUGAGAGGCUUAGGAAGAAGGCCCAGCUUCUUAAUCAGGAAAAUCAGGUCCUUUUAUCAGAGCUGAAGCAAAAACUCUCCAAAUCAAGCGCCAAAAACACUAAGAACUCCCUUCCUGACCUCAACAUCAGCACUAAUUCCAACCCUCCCACCAGCUCCAGCAGCAGGCCUUGAUCCCCACCGCUCAUCAUCUAGAUAAUGGAGGUCUUUGUGGAGCCCACUUCUGUGAUGAAACCAUAGGAAGCUAGAUAGUUAUAAUGUUUUUCUUUUUCUUUUUUCUUUUUUCUUUUUUCUUUUUUUGGUAGGCCCCAUUUUGUGUAGAACAAUAAGAAUCUAUGUAACCAUAGGAUCAGUUUCAGUUUAGUUAGUUUUUUCAGUUACAAAAGCUGUAGCAUCUUUUCUUAGCAAUGAGGUACUUGCUUUGAAGUUUGAAGAACUUUCGGUAAGCCCA